AUGUCAGUAGCCGGGGCAGCCGAACUCGUUGCAACCCGCAUAACCUCAGAAAAUGCCGCUCAAUAUGUUCAGGCUGGUCCUGAUGCGGCAGGCGGCAUUGGCGACUGGAUCCUCAGCAACGGGUCAGUCUGUGCUGUGAUCAGCGGUAUCGCUCAUGAGAGCGAACUCUCCGUACGCGGUGGCACGCUCAUCGAUCUUGGAUAUUGCGAUCGGGCCGAUGACCACUAUGUCGGCGCACAGGAUCUUAUCGAUAGUUCCCGAGAUACUCCGGUCAAUAUUGAGCGCGUUGAUGGGAAAGUCGGUCCGUCCUCUGCGGUAAUUCGCAGUUUUGGCGGGCAAGGUGGGGUGAUUGUCGAGACAAGUUACCGCCUCGACUCGGAUGAGCCGGAUAAGCUCUUCAUUACCAAGCAUCUUACUCAACGCGAUGGCGAGCCCAGUGUUGCGCUCUAUACAAGUAUCUUCUUCAACUAUUAUUCGCUUGUCCCUUUUGUCGCAUCCACAAUUGAUCCCAGCAGGUCGAAUGGAUUUGUUCAGGAAAGCUUCGUUACGCGGGGCCCGACUGAGAUCGCAACAUUUGCCCGAACUGCCGAUCUGAUUGUUGCAUUGAGCCCGGCAGAUGCUGAUGCGCCGAUCACGUAUGGAUGGCAGAUGGUAUCGGCGAGGCGUUCGAAUGCUGACGGGUCUGUUGCGGAUCUUCCAUUUUAUGCGCUGGCGGAUUUCUCAGCUUUGUCGUUUCUGGCCAUCACUGAACCUUUCGUUACUGGCGAUGGCGCAGACAUCGGCCUUUUGCAACUGCUUGAGGUGCCGUUUACAGAGCUCGCAGCCGGUGAUGAGAUCACGUUCGAGGAGGUUUUGCACCUUGCGCCGGGGGCAGAUGUGGCUGGGAUUACAGACCGUAUCUAUACAAAUGCGGCGAAGGUUGAUGGCCGGGUGUCAGAGGGCGGCGCGGUUGUUCAUGUGGACUUGAAUGACGGGACACCAUUUACUCAGACCACCGCCGAUGGCAGAGGCGCCUUCUCAGCGCGCUUGCCGACAGGCGCUUACGCAUUGCGGGUCGUCGCCCCGGGGGGCAGGGAACUGAGCGUACCUUUUCAGGUCGGGGAGUCAGAUAUGACUCUGGAGACAGUGGAUUUGGAUGCGCCGUCUCGCGUCGCGCUUCCGCAGGGAUCUCCCAUGCGGCUUACCUUCAAAGGACUUGAUGGCACACCGGACCCUUUCUUCGGUGGCAAUCUCCUGGGCGCAGUCGAAUUGCGGGACGAUAGCUCUUACAGGUUGACUGGGGUCAAUCAGAUUUUUUUGAUGGGGACUGACAAAGACCCAGCCUUUGCUCUGCUGCCACCUGGCAAGUACCGGGUUUAUGCCACGCGCGGCCCUGAAUAUUCCCUUGAGAAGGUAGAGCUUUCUGUGGUGGCAGGGAAUGAUACGGUUCUCAAUAUUCCUAAGCCGAGUGUCGUUGUUGAGACGGCGGGGUUCAUUUCGGCUGAUUUUCAUGUCCACUCUGGACCUAGUUUUGACACUGUGAUGCCGCGGGCAAAGCGGGUCGCGACUUAUCUUGCUGAGGGAGCGGAAGUGCUCGUCGCCACCGAGCAUGAAACAGUUUUUGAUUUCCAGCCUACGAUCGAUCGGCUUGAGGUCGGCGAUUAUGUUGCGACCAUUGCAGGUACAGAGAUUACUGGAGAAGUUGGGAGCGACCGGACGCCCUAUACUUUGGGCCACGCGAACGCGUUUCCUGUUGAUGCGCAAGCUCUUGCGUUCAGACGCGGCGCCUUUGCCAAUGAAAACCGUCGCUGGCGAGAAGUAAUUGCUGAUCUUAGGGCGCGCCGCGCUGACUCUCUUAUUCAACUCAACCAUGCGCGGUGGGAUGAUCGGUUCGCGCCUGGGAGUCCAGCCUGGGAGGAAGACUGGUCUGGGGAUCGGGCGGCUUAUUUCGACCACAUGGGCGUUGGACGGUCCUACAAUGCGGGCGAGAUUUUGGGAAGCGAUGGCAACCGUCGCCUCAUUGAUCCAGAUCCGGUUACGGGAAAGCGUGAUAUCGACUUUGAUGCCAUGGAAGUGAUGAACGGCAUUUCUCGUGAGUCUGAAAUAGCCCUUCGUCGUGAUUGGCUUUCACUGGUUUCGCAGGGAGAGAAGAUUGUCGCGACGGCCAAUAGUGACUCUCAUACCGCGUCCCAGCAGGUUGGCCUGCCACGAAACAUGAUCGCGGUUGAGGAAGACACGAUUGAAGCAUUUGACGAAGCGGUAUUUGUGUCUGCUGUUCAACAGGGGCGUGUCUAUGGCACGACAGGGCCGAUGCUCGAAGUUACGCUCGGUGACAAGGGGCUUGGCGAGAUGGUCGCUGGUGGGAGUGCAGAGCUUACUGUCAAAGUAUCCUCUGCCCCCUGGAUUGAUGCCUCGAUCCUGACAAUCAGCGUCAACGGCAAAGCGCUGCGGGAUUUCCCUGUUGCCAAUGGCGAAGUGGUCGCGUUCAAGCUUGGAUUUGAAAAAGACAGCUAUGUCACUGUUGAGGUGGCAGGGGAUCCUGGUGAGGAUUACGCUGUGGUUUAUCCAGAGUUCAAACCAUAUGCCUUCACCAAUCCGAUCUAUGUUGAUGCAAACAGUGAUGGUGUAUGGACUGCACCAGGGUUGGCAACGCAAUAA